AUGACGAUGAGUUCUCCCAAAGUUGUAACAACCACACUCUGCGCCAUGUUUAAAGUGUUGUUUGAGGACAGCAUCACUUGGGGAAAGAUCGUGUCGAUGCUGACGGUAGCCGGGUUGUUCGCGGAGGAGUGUGCCAGUCAAGGCCACGCAGACUUUGUCAAGGAUGUGGUGGAGGCUGUUGUUGACUUCACGAGUGUCCACCUGCUGUCUUGGCUGAUGUCCCAAGGAGGAUGG